AUGGCUAGGAGAUGGCAGAAGUUUGCAGCCAUGCAGAGGAAGAAAAUGUCAUUUACAAGAAAUGGUAGUGAUGCAGACAGUUGUAGUACGCCUUCACCCUCAAUAGUCAGAAAAGGUAAUUUUGUAAUGUAUAAAAUUGAUCAAACGUGCUUCGCGAUUCCCUUGGAUUAUCUUGAAAAUGAGGUCAUCAGACAACUUAUAAUCUUAUCCGAAGAAGAGUUUGGCCUGUCAAAUGCUGGCCCCAUUACAGGACUCUGCAAUUCAUCCUUCAUGGACUAUAUUAUUUUGCUUACCAAGAAAGGUGUAGCUGCAGGAGAUCUUCACAAGGUGUUGCUCCUCUCAGUUCCUUCGUGUUGCUGUUCUUCAGACAAGUGCCAAAUGAAAUGA